AUGAGUGAUUUCAAUAUAUAUGUCACUACGAGCUUGACUUCCUCUGAGAGAAGAAUCUCGCCUCAGUGGGAUUUACACUACCUCAAGUCCAGAUUGGAGUUGAUUACUGGCAUACCACCUCAGUACCAAACUAUAGUGUGUUAUCCUACGGCUAAUUCCAACGAUACGCGUAAAUUGGCGGCUGCCGAAGAGUAUGAUGAAGAAAAGGAUAAGUUGGUGACAGUUGCAGAGCUUGGAUUAGCUCCAUUCAGCCGUUUGGAAGUUGUAGAUGCCAAUCCUGACCUGGAACUACAUGACUUGGCUAACGAAAUGGACGAAGACACCAUUGAUCCUGACAAGGAGUUCAAGUUAUCGGAAGAAAAAUACUCUCUGAUGUCCAAUACAGUUCUCAGCUGGAAACAGCGCAACCAAUUGGGUCGUUUUGAUCCUACGUACGACUCGGAAAAGGCAAGAGCGUAUGAAGAAAAUGCUGCUUUGGCUGCAAAAAUGUCAGUUGGACAACGUUGUCGAGUUAUCAACAUUGCAGGAGAAAGAAGAGGUCUUGUCAAGUUUGUCGGAACGAUCGACGUGCUAGACAAGGGCGAAAAUGUGUGGGUUGGCAUUGAAUUUGAUGAGCCUGUGGGCAAGAACAGCGGAGUUAUUGACGGAGUUCGGAUUUUCCAGUGUCGUCCAUCUCAUGGAAGUUUUGUUAAACCCAAGCAGGUGGAAGUAGGCGACUUUCCCGAGCUUGAUCUCUUCGAAAGCGACGAUGAAGACGAAGAAUUGUAG